CAAUGUAGCAGGAGGCCCACGUUGAUUGCUUGCAUUGUGUGCAGGUCUCUGGAUGCUUUUGAAGCACCUGGCAGAGCUCAGCAGGGAUGUAGAUGGCCUCAUGUACCUGUUGCACUGAGAGCUUUUUACGUUGCCCUGUUAGGAUCUUCUUUGUUUGCCUUUCAGGACAAUUCUCACUGGGCCCAGGUCCAAGAAAUCGUGCAGGAGUGCCUGUCGAGACUACCCGUGCUCCUUCAGGAGGCAGUGGAAGACAGCCUCCAUGAUAUCCAGUACUAUUUUUCUGUCCUCAUUCUCGCCAAUCUAAAGAAAGGAGCCAGAAGGGCAGAGGAGCUGUGCGAAGACAAAGUCAGAAGUUGGGGUUUACCUGUUAUUGGAUACCCCUAUGCUACGUACCGAGCUCUGUGUGCUCGUCAAGGCGUCUACAGCUCGGUAGCAUGUGGGUUUGUUGAUUUCAAUGAGCAACUCACAGAGCCAAUAUCCAGUGCAGUCUCCGUGACCUGGAAUGAAGUCUUCAGUUGUAGAUUGGGCGAGUCCAUCGAACAGUUCAGCAAAGCCAUCUUAGAUAAAUUGAAAUACUUCUUCAGAGAUCUCAAGAACAAGCUCCAGGAAAAAGGCAGAAACACAGAGCCAGUAAACGUCAUUCAGAGGCAUCAAAUGGAAGCUGUCCAGGCUUUGUUGUGUAACUUUCUCCUGGAUCAGACCGAGUACAUCAAUAAAAGGCAGCGUGGUAUAUCCCGUGUCCUGACACCAGAAAUACAGGCUAGCAUGAAACCAAUAUAUGCAGUUUGUAGCCAACUGAAUGGUCCUGGCUGUUUCCAGAGAAUGAAAGAUCUUAUGCAGAGGCACGUCCACAGUCAGAAAGAGACCAUGUUUAACCGUGUCACUGAUAAGUUAUGGCACCAGCUUGACCUGCUCCAGAUCUACAUCGGUGGUAGUUUUGAGUGCCUGGUUCAGGAGCUGACUAAAGCCUUGACUCUGCAGUUUGAACCAAUGCUGAAGCCUGUCCAGAAAAAUGAUGGAAUUAUUCCAGAUUUAGUGAACAUCUGUGCCAAAGUCAGCAAGAUUUGUAAAAUAUCUCGUAUAGAUUAUGUUCUUCCCAACCUCAGCAAGACAGAAAGCUGUUCUGUGCCUGCUUCUCCUGGGAAGGAGCUGCCGUUAAAGAGGGAGCUGCAGGAAGGCUUGGAUCCCCCAAACUUCUUGGGAAAGUGCAAUAUCAUCCGCAUUGGGACCGUGUCACUUUCUCACAUUAAUCCCAUUCAGAUAUCUGUGCAAGAAGUCACCAUCACUAUGACAGAUAAUACCACCGUGACUCUUCCGUUCAGCAGCGUGUAUCUUUGUGAAUGUUGCUUCCACCUAUAUUAUUUGAUCCUUCAUCUCUCUCCUGAGUUUGCCAAGAACAUUUAUUCCAGAUUGGGAAUCCAGGCAUCCAACCCAAGUAACCAGGAGGCUCUCAUUAUCCUGGACAAGCUCCAGGACCCAUCAUCUUUCCAUAGCUUGAUAGAAUUCAUUUCGGCAAGACAUGGGGGCAUACCUUGGUUCCGGGAACUAAAUCUGCAGCAGGGAAGAGAGAAACUGGAAUCGCUGGGGGUGUAUUACACUGUCAAAGACUUAAAAUAUGAUGACGAAGAAAAGACUCUUGAGGUCCCACCUUCCAGUUUGCCAUCAGAUCAACCAACCGUCUUCACCAUCGCACAGCAGCCCCUGCUCCCUGGCGUGAAGUGUUAUCCAUAUGGCAGAAAGAGAGGAGGAGGAGAGAUCCAGUCACAGUUGGAGAAGAAGCACAAAGGCAAAACCAUAGAACAAAGCCCAGAAGUGGAACCUGCUGGGUUCCAUCUACUGAGCCAACACGUUCCUGGCAGACUGGUGGUCUCAGCCAGAAAGUCCAUGGCAAGUCACCCACAGAACACAAGCAGAGAGUGUGCACCUGCAUUUUACGACUGGAAUACAACCUCCGUUCCAGGAACAUCUGUGUCUGAGGCACCACCCAGCUCUCAUGUAACUGUGAAGGAUGAAAGAGAGCUGUUUACCAUUCCAAGUGAAGCAGGUACCCUUCAUGUCCGAGCCAAAGAGGGUGUUUGGGGAAAGUGGCGAAAUCUAAAUGCUCAGGAAGACAACAGUUCUGAUGGGGAUAAAAUGGAGACCAAUGGAAACACGCACACUGCAAAAGAUUCAUGGAGCCCACACUAGUUUGUUAUAAUACAAAGAUUGUUACCUGACUUAUAUACACACAAUAUAUGAACAUAUAUCAUCGGUACCAAAAGGCUGUAGAAAUAGACUUCUUCCCGUUGAAAAAUUAUUCUGAAACUGAUCGUCAAGUAAUCUUACACUGAUAAUGUAAUACGAUUUACUGAGUGAAUUCUGGGCACUGUCUCUGAAGUACCAUGCUGCAUCAGUGCCUCUUUUCAGAAUGGAAGAGUUUGCAUACAACAGCAAAGCUGAAGUAUCCAUUUGGACAAUAGUUGACUGUUUCUUGAAAGAGAAAUUAAGUGAGUCAGCAGCAUGCAGAGAUGAUAUAAAUGGGACUCCCCCUUUGCUAAGACACUUGACUCUAGAGUGUAGCCAACAACUCUUUGCCAGUGAAAGCCAUGUUGCUAAAGAAAAACUUAGAGUAACAGUAACUCAUCCAAAAUGCAUAGAGUCAAAUGCUAAGACACUGUAGCCUACAUAUUAAUCCAAAGCAACAGAUCGUCGACCCACUGAUUUUUGGAGAGGAAAACAGAUUGUGAUUUGAUCAACAGAAAACUUCUGCAAUAAUAAAGAACAACUUCUUGUUGUUCUGUGUAAAUUGAGGGGAUGGAUGAUGUCCCAGGAUGGUGCUGGAGAAUCAGCUUAUCCUGCCUGCGGUGGGGAUUUUCAAAUACAGACAGGUUGUGCUCGAAGUUCAGCAGAAGUGGAAAGGAAGUAGGAAAGUUCUAAUCGGAAAAGAUAAUAUGUUUAGUGUAACCCCCUAAGUAAACAAAUCUACAUUAAAACCUCUCCCUGGCCUUCUGGUGAGGUGUGACCCAAACUUCCAUCAGGUGAGAGUGAGUUCUUGGGGUUACACUGUGUGUCAAGUGUGAGAAAUGGCUGAGUUUUGUGUCCCAUAAGGACAUGGUUUCUGAGAGAGCCUGGAGUCGGAUUAUAAUUUUCUGUAUCAUAAAGCCCUGCAGUGUUAGAGUGGCAGUGGAUGCAAGUGGGGCUUGAUCCAAAGCCCACUGAAAUCACGUAGAGACUCACACUGACUUCGGUGGUCUUUGGAGCAGGCCCUAAAUGAAGACGAGAAUCCUUGGUGAAGAGGAAUCUGUGCAGUACAGUUAAAUCUUCAUGGAUUAACUGUUUAGUUUUGCUUUCUCUAAAUAUUCCCAGUUCUGAUUAGUUUCAUAAUGGAGUCUUUGCUGAACAGAGCUAUGGAGCACAAUGAUCUGUUUAAUAGUAUUGCCCCCACCCUUCCCUGUCUUGUUUCUCCUUUUUAAUGUGUUUCCAUCCUUUCCCUGCGAUGCUGCCUGCUGCUAAAUUUGCAAGUGCUGUAAGAAUUUUUAUGCUGUUGAGCAGGGUUGUUUUUUUGUUUUGUUUUAACUGAAUGCAGGACUCUUUGAGGUAAAGCAGAUAAACUGCUGGGAUGUUAGGAACCCAGCCUGACUGAAAGUGUCUCUUGGUGCAUCACUUCAGCUGGCAAACUGUUUUUGCCUUAUACCAAUAUGGUGUUUUCUAGCAUUGCUUGAAUCAUGCAUUGUAUUUGUGCCUUUUUGUGUUUAUAAAAUAAAAAUACUUGCUAUUCUUCCAAAAAAAACUUAUACAAGUA